UUCUCCGUCUGUACUCUGUGGAUGUUAAAUUAUUUACUACAUUUUCGUAGAAUGUCACUCGUGGGGAUUCUAUUAAUUUGAGAACUUAUUUCUAAGAAUUUUUGUGAGUUUAGAUUCAAUUUUACAAUCGUUGUUUAAUAAAAAACGCAAUCAUGGCUUCAUCACGGUUUAUGCGAAGUUUUGAAAUGUUGAUAACGGGAAAGUACAAGGUUGUAAGGAAAAUCGGAGGUGGUUCUUUUGGUGACAUAUAUUUGGCGAUCAAUAUUGGUACUGGAGAGGAAGUAGCUGUGAAGGUAGAAUCUAUAAAAGCUAGACAUCCACAGCUUCUAUAUGAGAGCAGAGUUUAUAAAAUGCUCCAAGGCGGGAUUGGUAUACCGCAUAUAAGAUGGUUUGGUUUCGAAAAAGAUUACAAUAUCUUGGUUAUGGACCUGCUGGGACCGUCUCUAGAGGAUUUGUUCAACUUCUGCUCUCGCCAGUUCACUAUAAAGACUGUACUGAUGCUUGCGGACCAGAUGCUGGGCCGAGUGGAAUACAUCCAUUGUAAAUGCUUCAUCCAUCGCGACAUAAAACCCGAUAACUUCCUGAUGGGCAUCGGGCGGCACUGCAACAAGCUGUACAUGAUAGACUUCGGACUGGCCAAAAAGUUCAGAGAUCUACGCACGAGGGCCCACAUCUCGUACCGCGAGGACAAAAAUCUUACCGGCACGGCACGAUACGCUUCCAUCAACGCUCACCUCGGCAUUGAGCAGUCCCGCAGAGACGACAUGGAGUCACUAGGAUAUGUACUUAUGUAUUUCAACAGGGGUUCACUGCCAUGGCAAGGUUUGAAAGCUAUAACGAAAAAGCAAAAAUACGAGCGAAUCAGCGAGAAAAAGAUGUCUACACCGGUCGAGGUUCUUUGCAAGGGUUUCCCGGCGGAGUUCGCGAUGUAUUUGAAUUACUGCCGCGGAUUACAGUUCGACGAGUGUCCCGACUAUAUGUAUCUAAGACAGCUGUUCCGCAUCCUGUUCCGCACGAUGAACUACCAGUACGACUACACUUUCGACUGGACGGUGCUGCGGCAGAGGAAGCAGCAGUCGCUGGAGAUCAUCGCCGGCGCCGAAAGACGCUCGCCGCCCGGGCAGCGCCGCGCCGCGCAGCAGUCGCCGCAGCCGGCCGCCAACAACGAGUGAAAGAGAUCACGACGUUUGGCAGUCAACGGCGGGUCGGCGGAGAAGAAAGCGCGAUGAUGUGUGUGUGGAUGACUGUGUGCGUGUGUUGUGCACUGUGCCUCCGAGCGUUCAUGUACUUGUGUGUGUUGUAUGUGCCUGUGUGUGCUCGACCCUCGCUACUGCCGGUGACUCGUCGGGAUACAAAUAAUAUUUCUUAUAAACAACAAGUUGAGUUUUCACUACGGUCGUGGAGGGUAGAUUACAUUUUUUAUACAGCAGUAUCCUUACCACUCGUCGAUGGUCACAACAUACGGAGCGUUAACAGUAUACCAUCCAUUAAUCUCACACGAUGCAACAUAGUUUAUAAAUCUGAGACUGUAAACUCUCCGUGUGUCGUAUGAUGUGGACCAGUGUUAAGGUAUAGAGGCCGUUCGAGUAGCUCUAACACGUCGACAUUUAACUGCAGUGUGAAACAACGAUGACUAACAUUGAUGUACAGCCAUGAAGCGCCUGUCCCGAGCUGUCAGCGCCCUCCCGCGCCCUCCCGCUCCCAGGAGAUGUUGAAUUUAAGACCGAUCGCGACAUAUCGAUCUGAAAAUUCGUGUUAAAAGAUAACUAUGACAUAAAUUUUUCGCUGUAACGUUUUGAACUAACAGAAAGUCGGCAGUUCGUUGAGUAUGUCCACGUUAGUAACUUUAGUUUCCUAGUGUUAUCGUAUUAGUUGUACGCUGUACUGACGGCGGUCGCUUUAAUUAUGUUUCCGUUAAAGACCCGCUCGUCGUUGUGACUGGAACAUUAUUUUGAUAUGUUUUUUUGUAGAUUCAUUAUCGUUUAAUGUCGUCCCGAUGCGGUUACGCUUCGACCUACCGGAAAACUGUAUAGUUUUUCUGUAUCACAUAAAAUUAAAUAUAAAUAACUAAAAAAAAAAAUAUUAUUAUUAUAUAUAUAUAUGUAAUAUUUACUGAUCUUCGGGGCGCUCCGUCUGUCACGUUUCGUUGUUCGAUGAAAAUUGUUAGAAUUAAAUUGUAUAUAAUAAAAAUGUCGGGGCGUUCGUUGAGAUGGUACAUUACAGUGUAUCUGAUAUUUUAAGUAUGGAAAUUGUAAAUACAGGCAGUGUUCGGUUUUAACUAUUAUACAUAAGACGCUAUUUUUUUAACCGCGCCUCACAGCUCCAACGCAGUCGGCAGACUGGAUCCGAGACUCGGUUUGUAGUUGAGAUGUAAAUUAUAAGUGAUAUUGAACAUUAUUUUUUUUUUGAAUGAUUUAAUAGUUGGGACAAAAGUACUGAGACUAUAGGACUAGUUGAGUAUAUUACGAUAGUUUUUUUUACCUCACGCUAGUAUGGAUAUCGAUAUUCAAUGUUCAUGGAAGGAUAUCGUUUACGACAGCAGUUUUUUUGUCCCCAACAAAAUACGGUCAUUAUAAAGCACUUCUAACUAAAUUAAUAUUAAUAAAUAAUAAACGUAA